ACCUUUGUCUCCAUCUCCUCCCGGUCUCUCUGUCUCUCUCUGUCCGGUACUCCGGCCUCUGAACCGUCGUGUUCUGAAACUAUAAUGCAAGAACAAAUCUCAUUUUAAUGAACCAUUUUAAUAGUAAGACGCGAAGGAAAUCUGCACAGGUUCACAGCUAGUGUAUAGUGUCGGCCGCUGUGCUUACCUCCAGAAACUGGGACUCACUCUCUGGCUCUACUGUCUGUCCAACCUGGACUUCCACCUCACUCCUUUGUUUCUUUUCACGCCAUGAAAACGGGUCACUCUCUCUGUUCUUGAUUCUUGGAGCUGGAUUUAUCUGUCGUGUACAUUCACUAGUGUUUUUUUCUUUCUCUUGUUUUUGAUUGUCUCCGUGGGAGUAGGGUGGGGGUGGAGUGGGGAGGGGGUGAGAGGGUGGUUGUAAAUGGCACCUUCCUGCUCCCUCCCUUGCAGCUUUUCAACUUUUCAAUGGAAUUGAGUUUGUGAUGCUUAUAUCAGCUCUCCUAUGGUUUAUCAGAUGUGUUUCUUGAAAUCUUUGAUGAUCGAGGAGAUCUGCUGAUAAAAUAUUGUGUCUAAAGAGGCUAGAAGUGUUGUGCUACGGAGAAAAAUGGGCUCGGGGGAUGAAAAUACACAUGCUAGGCCCUCAAAACCAACUGCUUCAACUCAGGAGACACCUACAACGCCUUUGUAUCCUAAUUGGUCAAGUCCUUUGCAGGUUUCUGAUGAAAAUGCAUACUAUGGUCUUGGUGCUACUACACGUCCCUUUUUCACCUCACCUGUUUCUUCUUCUCCAACUCCCCAUCCUUAUCUUUGGGGAAGUCAGCAUGUAAUACCACCAUAUGGUACUCCACUUCCAUAUCCUGCUCUAUAUCCUCAUGGAGGACUUUACGCUCAUCCUAACAUGGCUAUGUCUCAGGGUGCACCACCAACAGCUGCAGAGGUGGAAGGAAAUGCCCCUGAUGGAAAAGACCGGACUUCAACGAAGAAAUCAAAUGAAAGUUUGGGAAAUACUGGUGGCAAGCCUAGAGAAAGAGGGAAGGCUGCUUCUGGUUCUGAAAACGAUGGUCCUUCAUCAAGUAGUGCUGAAAGUGGAAGUGAUGGUACAUCAGCUGCAAGUGAUCAGAAUACUAACCAGCAAGAGCUUACUGGGAAGAAGAAGAGGAGCUUCGACCAGAUGCUUGCAGAUGGUGCAAACGCACAGAACGCCAACACGGCUCAAUACAGUGGUGCAGCUGUUGAAUCAUCUUUCAGUGCAAGGGAGCAACCGGCUACAAAUGUCCAAGUUUCGGUGCCAGGAAAGUCUGUGGUAGCUAUACCUGCAACUAAUUUGAACAUAGGAAUGGACCUUUGGAAUACAUCCUCUGGAGGUGUGCCCAUGAAGACUGGAUCAAAUGCAUCUGGUGUCUCACCAGCGGUGGCUCCAGCACCAGUGGUUGGACGGGAGGGGUUUGUAGCUGAACACCUCUGGAUUCAAGAUGAACGUGAACUGAAGAAGCAGAGGAGAAAGCAAUCUAAUCGGGAAUCAGCUAGAAGGUCAAGAUUACGUAAACAGGCUGAAUGUGAAGAGCUACAAUCGAAGGUGGAGGCACUGUCGAAUGAAAAUAAUGCACUCAAAGAUGAGCUGAAAAGGCUUGCUGAGGAAUGCACAAAGCUGACAUCUGAAAAUAGUUCCAUAAUGGAGGAGCUGACUCGUUUGUACGGACCAGAUGUUGUGGCUAAUCUAGAAACUAAAUUUAUGAAGACGGUUAUCAAUUCUGUACACGGUGGAGGCGGCGAUGUACAAGAUACUUCAAGGGGAGGUGGCUCAGUUUCUUGUCAGAAGGAAGGGAAUUUCUUUUACUCUAGUGGGAAGCUUGAUUCAGGUUCUAAUAAACAUGAGACAAUCCUUUUUUAUAGUACUAAUUUAUAGAGCCUUAACCCUUCUCUGUUCGACGGACUGACUUGACUUAGUAUUUAGCAUCUUGUCAAAUCCAGGAAACUAUGUAUAUGUACAUUGUUGUAAAAUCAAACUGGGGAUUAGAAGUUUUACUGUUAUGGACUAAUGGUUAUGUGAUAAGAUUCCUUUCUUUUGAA